GCAGCCGGCCUCGACAUGACCAGGUUGGGCUACUGCGAUAAAUCCUUGUCGUACUACCAGAGGGCGAAGCACUUGACUGAUAGCUUGACGCUCGCCGAGAAGGCCCAGCUGCUCGGCAGCCUGAACAAGGGUGCCCCUCGUGUCGGUAUCCCGGAGUACAACUGGUGGUCCGAGGCCCUGCAUGGCGUCUCCAACGUCGGCGAUGGGUCGAAGUUUGGCAAGAUCGUGCCGGCUGCGACAAGCUUCCCAACUCCGAUCACCACCACCUCCUCCUUCAAUGAGUCCUUGUGGAAGGCCAUUGGCCAGGCUGUCUCCACAGAGGCAAGGGCUAUGAACAAUCUUGGGGUGGCAGGUCUCACAUUUUGGAGCCCUAACAUCAACGUGGUCAGGGAUCCAAGAUGGGGAAGAACACUAGAGACUCCUGGUGAAGAUCCCUACGUCGCCGGUCGCUAUGCUGUCAACUAUGUCAGGGGCUUGCAGGAUGUUGAGGGCCAAGAAACUGCCCAGGAUCCAAAUACCAGACCGCUCAAGGUUUCAGCUUGCUGCAAACACUAUGCUGCAUAUGAUCUCGACAAAUGGACCGAUAAGGGUAACAUGCUCAUCGAUCGGUUCCGUUUCAGUGCUAAUGCUACUGAACAAGAUAUGGUUGAGACGUUCCUUCGUCCUUUUGAGAUGUGCGUUAAGGAUGGUGAUGUUAGCAGUGUGAUGUGCUCGUAUAAUAAUAUUUGGGGCAUCCCAACAUGUGCUGAUGCAAGGCUUUUGAGAGGAACAAUCAGAGGGGACUGGAAUCUCCAUGGUUAUAUUGUUUCUGAUUGCGAUUCAAUCCAGACUAUAGUUGAGAGUCAGAAGUUCUUGGAUGACACUCCAUAUGAUGGAGUUGCUCAAGUCUUAAAAGCUGGGUUGGACAUGGAUUGCCAGUCCUACUAUCAAAAGUACCUUGAGUCGGCAUCAUUGCAGGGUUUGGUUAAAGAAAGUGAUAUGGACAGCGCCUUGAUUAAUGACUUCAUUGUUCUCAUGAGGCUUGGUUGGUUUGAUGGCCAACCUGCUUAUGACUCACUAAAUGCCAAAGAUAUUUGUUCCAAGGAGCAUCUUGAUUUGGCAGCAGAUGCAGCAAGGAAAGGGAUUGUCUUGCUCAAGAAUGUUAACAGUGCUUUGCCUCUAAGCACCGAUAAGCACAAGAAUAUUGCCAUCGUCGGCCCUCAUGCUAAUGCCACCUCGGUCAUGAUCGGAAAUUAUGCAGGUGUUCCAUGCAAGUUGGUCUCGCCCUUUGAUGGCCUAAAGGCGUAUGCCAAUGUUACGUACCAGAUGGGUUGUGCUGAUGUUUUAUGCAAGAAUGAGACAUUCAUCUUCCCUGCAGUCAGGGUUGCGAGGGAUGCCGAUGCUACGAUCAUCGCCAUAGGUCUUGAUCUGGAUGUCGAGAGCGAGGGCCUCGACCGUCUUGAUCUUGAUCUUCCUGGUUCCCAAAAUAUGCUCGUCCGGCAAGUAGCUCAAGCAUCAAAGGGCCCUGUUGUUCUUCUCAUCCUCUCAGCUGGAGGUGUGAAUGUUACUGAAUUCCACAAUUCUAAUGACAUUGAUGCCAUUGUCUGGGCUGGUUACCCUGGCGAACAAGGUGGUGCUGCCAUUGCAGAUGUUCUCUAUGGCAAACACAAUCCAGGAGGAAGGCUUCCAGUUACGUGGUACCCAGGUGACUAUGUUUCUCAGCUGCCCAUGACAUCAAUGAACCUUCGUCCCAUUGAUGAGCUUGACUACCCUGGAAGGACCUACAAGUUCUACAACGGCUCGACCAUCUACCAAUUUGGCUACGGUCUCAGCUACACUCAGUUCACGUAUGCCGUGACCUCAACUCAGAAGGGGUUGAGCAAGAAGCUGCAAUUCAACCAGCACUGCGUGCAGCUCAGUUACAACCACUCGGCAUACAUCCCGCCAUGCCACGGAGCUCGCAUCAGUGACCUCGCAUGCAACCAGGAGGAUAUCACCAUUGAUGUUUCUGUGACCAACACCGGGAAGGUCGACGGUACCGAAACCGUGAUCCUGUUCUCACGUCCACCGCAGGGUCUUGAUGAUGCUCCCAUCAAGCAGGUGAUUGGAUUCCAGAGCGUGUUCGUGGCCGCCGGCGCGACGGAGGUGGUGACCUUCAAGCUUAUUUCAUGCAACACUUUGAGCAUCGUCACCGGAUCAGCCUAUGUUGCUUUACCUGCAGGCCAGCACACCAUCGUCGUUGGCACUGGUGACAAUUCCAUAGAAUUCCCGUUCCAGGUCUCCAUAAAGAAGUAGGGGAGUUGUUGAUGGGGUUUGCUCCUGUUUUAGAUUGGUUCGGGUUAUUUUCAUUCAACAAUGGGUUGAAUGGCAGUCGUAAUAAGAAGAGAUUUGUGGGAGGAGAUUGAAACUGUUUUUUGCCUUUUAUCUUAUUUUGAGAUGGAUAAUUUUCUUUUCAUUCAGAGUAUUUUGCAAAUCUUUCAAGAGUAAUUGAUUGGUUCGUUUCUUAUCAUGCUAAUCUAUUUCUUUUUCUUUAAGACAAAACAAGUGGCAGGUUACUAAUGAACUUGACGUUUUAAUUACUAGUAAUAUGUAAAAACAGCAGUUCCAUAAUUCUUUGAACAUUUCUUUUUACCCUUACAUUGGCAUAAUCCUAUUAUCUGUAUCUUUCAAGAGUAGACUAGCUUAUUUUUUGCUGGAGUAGGACUAGGUUCUGUUUUGCUCCACAAUCUUUACAAGGAUCACCUAAUUUUCCAUGUCAAUGGCAAUGUCAAUUCAUGUAGUUAUCCUCUCUAAGGUCCUUUAAUAUGUAACUGUGCUUUUUGAGGAAACAUAUAUGUCCUGUUCUUAAAUUUUAUUAUCAUCAAGUAGUCUAAUUUCUGUAACAAAUGAACUUUUCGAUAAAACCAAGAAUUACACUCAUCCAUGGCCUCUGCAUUGCAUUCAUGCAAUCAUUCUGUCUUCUGCUUGCGAGGUUAAUCAAGGCUACCAACAACUAUAAGGGAAAUGUUAGCUAUAAUUAUAACUUGAUCCUAGCUAAUGAUCAUUUUGAUUAAAUUGUAUGUUGUAAAAUAUAUGGACCUUAAGCAAGUUAUAUUAGGCGUAGGAUUUAUUAGAUGGGUUGGUUUUAUUGCUUUUUAAUUAUAAUAUGAUAAUAAAUAAAA